AUGGGUUGGAGAUAUAAAGCUGGUUUGUUCUUGAUAGCUGCUGUUGUUAUUAUAUGGGUCACCUCUGCUGAAGUUACCCAGGAUAUCUUUACAGAUUAUAAGCAGCCAUUUGCAGUGACAUAUCUUGGAGCUUCUCUUAUGGUGGUUUACCUCCCAGUGGCAUUCCUUAAAGAUUGGAUUUGUAAUCUGCUAAAGCGACAGUCUUCUAAAAGUGGUAAUGAUGCAGCCAACAUAAAUGGGUCUUCUGAUGAAUUAAGCUCUCCUCUAAGUAGCAAAAUCUUUGAAAUGGAACUUCAGGGAAUUUUGACUAAAAAAGGCAGUGAACUGGACCUUGCAUCUUCAGAAGAAGGAAAGCCAUUAGUUUCUAGACACAAGGAUGAUUUGAAUGUUCUGAAACAUGACAAAGAACUCACAACCAGAGAAAUUGCUAUGUGUGGUUUUUAUAUUGCCCCCAUCUGGUUUGUAACAGAGUACCUAUCAAAUGCUGCACUAGCACAUACGAGUGUUGCAAGUACAACAGUUUUGUCAUCAACUUCCGGACUUUUUACUCUUUUCAUUGGUGCGUUUUUGGGUCAAGAUUCUUUAAAUGCAGCAAAAGUGAUAGCUGUCCUGGUGAGCAUGGCUGGCGUUGCCAUGACUACUUUGGGAAAAACUUGGGCUGCUGAUGAGUCGCAACUAAGUUCAUCUGUCAAUGGCAAACGCUCUCUUGUUGGGGAUCUUUUUGGGCUUCUCUCAGCCAUGUCAUACGGACUAUUUACAGUGCUUCUUAAAAAGUUUGCUGGAGAAGAAGGAGAAAGGAUUGAUGUGCAAAAGUUGUUCGGAUAUAUAGGAUUGUUUACACUAGUAGCUCUCUGGUGGCUUGUUUGGCCACUGACAGCCUUGGGAAUUGAACCUAAGUUUACAAUCCCUCACUCAGCUAGAGUGGAUGAAAUUGUUCUUGCCAAUGGCUUUGUUGGAAGUGUCCUCUCUGACUACUUUUGGGCAUUGUGUGUUGUAUGGACAACUCCGUUGGUGGCCACCUUGGGCAUGUCCCUCACCAUCCCUCUUGCUAUGUUGGCUGAUAUGAUGAUUCAUGGCCGUCAUUAUUCAGCAAUUUACAUUCUUGGUUCUGUUCAGGUAUUUGCAGGGUUCGUUAUAGCUAAUCUUUCGAAUUGGUUCUCCAAAAAGUUAGGGUUAUAG